AGGCGGGUAGUCGUGUUAUUGGCUGGGGCCCCCGCCCCGGCCGAGAGGCGGAGGAGGAGGGGCCGGAGAGUUUGGUUGAGCUGCAGCUGUUUGUCUGUUCGGCACAGGCUUGGGCCCGACGGGGGACACGGAGCCCCAGGACUGUUGAAGCCUGGAGGUCCCCUCCCCUCCCCCCUCCCCCCUUUGCCGCUUUGUGGCACCCCCCUCCCUCCACCCUCGCCCCGCUCUGACACCUAGCCAUGACGAGCAGAAGCACAGCAAGGCCCAACGGGCAGCCCCAGGCCAGCAAAAUAUGCCAGUUCAAGUUGGUCCUGCUUGGUGAAUCUGCAGUGGGGAAGUCCAGCCUGGUAUUGCGUUUUGUCAAAGGGCAGUUCCAUGAGUACCAGGAGAGCACUAUUGGAGCGGCCUUCCUCACCCAGUCUGUCUGUCUAGAUGACACAACCGUCAAGUUUGAGAUCUGGGACACAGCAGGGCAGGAGCGAUACCACAGCUUGGCCCCUAUGUACUACAGAGGUGCCCAGGCUGCAAUUGUGGUUUAUGAUAUUACUAAUCAGGAAACCUUUGCCCGAGCGAAGACAUGGGUAAAGGAGCUACAGCGACAGGCCAGCCCUAGCAUCGUUAUUGCCCUGGCGGGGAACAAAGCUGACCUCGCCAACAAGCGCAUGGUGGAGUACGAAGAGGCCCAGGCGUAUGCAGAUGACAACAGCUUAUUGUUUAUGGAGACGUCAGCCAAGACCGCUAUGAACGUGAACGACCUCUUCCUGGCAAUAGCUAAGAAGUUGCCAAAGAGCGAACCCCAGAACCUGGGGGGUGCCGCGGGCCGAAGCCGGGGUGUGGAUCUCCACGAGCAGUCCCAGCAGAACAAGAGCCAGUGUUGUAGCAACUGAGGGGGUGGCUAGCAGCAGACGAGUAUGGAGCUAGCACGAGAGCUAAGAAAUAACCUCUGUCCCCCCCUCAGCACACAGCCCCUACGGUAACAGCACACUGAGCCCUGGCUCCCAAGGGCUGCCUCCUGACAGCUCCGUCUUGGCACUUUUUAACGCUUCAGCAACCGACACCAGGCAGCUGUUGCCGCUGGCCUCUGACCCCCUCCUGUGGGGCUUGGGGGUCAGAUCCCCGGGACUUACCUUCCAAAACAAACUUCCUUCACUGUGUAUUAUAGGUGCAAGACAGUGACCUACGUAUCUUUCCUUCUCUUCCUCAUUUUUCCUGAAAACAUUUUUUGUCUCCUGCCUCUUCUUCCCCUUCUGCUUUUGGUCAGUCCCCGUUGUUGACCCCCUUCUCCUCCUCGCCCCAGGAUGGAGAAGGUCGUGGUUCCAGAAACUGAGGAAGGAAGUUUUCAGUUCAGUCCUGUUGCGGGCCCGGGGAGGGGGGCGGAGUACAGGGCUCGGAGCAGGAGGGAGUAAGGAAACAUUUGCCUUUUUUUGGUUCUGUCUCCUUGGUUUCUCGUAUUUGAAAACACUGCAGAAUUCAUGAGUUGGUCUUGCAGGAGGGUUUCUCGGUAGAGGUGAGGGUGGGAAGGCAAGCUCUCGGGCACCAGGGGGCAGUCACGUCAGCCAGCUGGGUGGGGGCACGCGUGGGCGGUGUCAUCCGUGGCUCUGGGACUCUCCCAGGGCCACGUUUCCCUUCGCCCAGCCUUCUAGGUAGCCUCUCCCCCCUGCAUGGGGAGACUCCGGACCCCAGAGUCCUCCAAAGAAUCUUCACUGUUGCCUGCAUCUCUGGCUCUGCUGUGAUCUCAUUGGAGGAGGGACCAGGUUUCGCUGCCCGUCCUCUGAUUCGUACAUAUGCAUUUGUUCUCUCUGGCCCUGAGAUGGCCUGGCCCCAGCCACUAGAUCCCCCUGCAGUUUGCACUUUAAUUGAUGAGAGUUUCGUUGGGAUGCUGGUUCCAUGGGGGUUUCUGAUUGACUUACCUGACCUCUGACCUUCUUAACGAAAUAGGAUCCAAGGUCUGUGUGAGGUUUGGGGAGGGGCUGUGGAGCGUAGGACCAGCGGCAGCUGCCCAAGCCCAGUCCCCACUGCUGGUUUCCUCCGACUCUGAUUCUCCACUGUCCCUGCCAGCCUGGCUCCUGGGUGUAGGGAUUUCUUUCCUGGGAAAUGAGCUGAGCUUCUGGAGAGUGUUCUCAGGAUAGCCGAGGCCAGGGUAGGGGAGUGAAGAGGAGUCAGGCAAUGGGGAAGAGUUUUCUGUUCUUUCCCAGGGUUCACAUUCAAUUUGACCCACCCAUUGUCCUGUCUUUUCUAUUUCCCUGUAAAUAGGUAGGACCGUUCUUUCCCGUCUUUAGAUUGUUCUGUCUUCUACCUCCCAUCCGGCCCUCUCUCUUCUCUUCUCCUGUGGUACCUUCAGUUUAGUGCCUCCGUCCUUAACCCUGUUCCUGCCCACCCCCGCCCCCACCCCCAUGCAAACAGUGGCUUAAUCCAGAUACCACUAGGGGCUAGCACCGAAAGGGGCCGGCUGGUUGCCCUUCACAUCACCUGUUCCUCUGGACAGGGAAUAAUUAGCACUGAAAGUCCCUCACAGCUUUCUCGUAUCACCAGAGGAUUCCGUGAUGGUUCUUUCUGAAUCCAACCUCCGUUCACAGCCCUCGUCAGGUGUUUUAGGAUGUCUGUAGGAAGCAUCAAGGCAAGAGAGAACUCUUGAGCUCAUUGUUCCAGCCCAGAGUCUUGGGAAAAUUGGGGGAGUUACGCUAGGAAAGGCUACCGUGACCUCGGAGAGGAACUUUCCUGCCCCUGUGGCUUUCAGACUGACUGCCUUCUGUCCUGAGAUCCUGAAGGACCCAGCUCAGGUCUUCCUCUAGGGCCUCAACUCCCUUCCUUCCCAGGGGCAGCCUUAGUUCCUAUGGCCCUAAAACAUACAAACUCCGCCCCCCACGCCUCCUUCCUUUCCAGUAUCCCCCAGACCCCAAAAGCACCCAGUGCAUCCUUAAGAGUGGAAGAACUAGGAUGACUCUUUAGUCUCUUCAGAAUGAAGUUCUUUCUCUGCAUCGUUCCCCACGGAGCAGGAGUGAAGAUGUUUCUUUGUCUUGAGGCGGGAACCGUUUCUCCAGGUGUCUCCCCGCCCGGGGCCUGUCGGAACAGGAUCGGCCUUGGCUGCUGGGCCUACCUGCCGCCGUCCUUCUGCUUCUUACGAGCUCUUCUGCUUUCCUUUGAGCCUUGUUGGGCUUGGGGUCUUAGUUUUUAUUUCUCAGCUCUUCUUCUUUUCUUCUGGUCAGUUUUUUAGGAGGGGUGUCCUUUUUUCUUUCCCUUUUUUUUUUUCUUUUUGCUUCUGAGAAAGCAUUUGCCUUUCCCCUCUUUCUUCCUCUCCCAACAUAACAAUCGUGGUAACAGAAUGCGACUGCUGAUUUACCGAUGUAUUUAAUGUAAGUAAAAAUGGAGAAAAAAAUUGUA